GCUGCGUCCUCUCCUCACCAAUGCUGAGCGCUGCGUCUCGCGCGGUGGCUCGCGCAGCCGCCCGCUCCGCCCGAGCCGCCCGCGGAGCCGCUAGCUCCAGCAGCCGUAGCGUCCGCGCCACCGUCGUCGCUACCGCCGCGAUGUCCCGAGCGGCCCGCGCCGCCUCGGCGGCCCGGACCCUGCCGGCUUCCGUGCUGGGCACGAUGGAGAUGGGCCGGCGCAUGGACGGGUCAACGAGCGCGGCCGUCGUGCAAGCCUUCCUGGAGCGCGGCCACCGCGAGCUGGACACGGCCUUCAUGUACAGCGACGGCCAGUCCGAGAGCAUCGUGGGCAGCUUGGGCCUGGGCCUGGGGGACGGCGGCAGCAGAGCAAAAAUCGCCACCAAGGCCAAUCCCUGGGAUGGGAAGUCGCUCAGUGCUGAGAGUGUCCGGUCUCAGCUGGAGACCUCGCUGGAGCGGCUGCAGUGUUCUCGAGUGGACCUUUUCUACCUGCAUGCACCCGACCAUGGUACACCCGUGGAGGAGACCCUGAGCGCCUGCAAUGAUCUGUACCAGGAGGGUAAGUUUGUAGAGCUCGGUCUUUCUAACUACGCCUCCUGGGAAGUAGCUGAAAUCUGUACCCUCUGCAAGAGCAAGGGCUGGGUGCUCCCCACUGUGUACCAGGGCAUGUACAACGCUACCACCAGACAAGUGGAGACAGAGCUGUUCCCCUGCCUGCAUCACUUUGGAUUGAGGUUCUAUGCCUUUAACCCUUUGGCUGGUGGGCUCCUAACUGGCAAGUACAAGUAUGAGGACAAAGACAAAAAACAGCCAAAGGGCCGGUUCUUUGGAAAUAAUCUUUCUGAGAUCUACCGGAAUCGGUUCUGGAAGGAGCAUCACUUUCAGGCCAUCGCUCUUGUGGAGAAAGCCCUGGCGGCCUCUCACGGGGCCAGCCCUCCCAGCAUGACGGCGGCGGCCCUGCGAUGGAUGUACCACCACUCCGGGCUGCAGGGUGCCCGGGGAGACGCCGUCAUCCUGGGUAUGUCCAGCCUGGAGCAGCUGCAGCAGAACCUGGCAGCGUCCGAGGAGGGCCCCCUGGAGCCCGAGGUGGUGAGGGCCUUCGACCAGGCCUGGCACCUCGUGGCCCACGAAUGUCCCAACUACUUCCGCUAGGUCCAGCCCCGGGGCUGGGGGAGAGAGGCCCCCCUCACGGACCCUGCUUGUCCCCGAGCCCCGUCGGCCAGCCUGUGCCUUAAUCGACAUCAGCCUGAGCUCUGCCUUUCACGCCGUCCCAUUCUGAGUCCUGGUUUUUCUGGCCUCCCGCCCUGUGGUUGUCUCUGGUGUGAGAAGAACGAGGGCCGAGGCCGCUCCGUCCUGUCCUGUUGGAAUAAAUAAAAGCAGGUGUUGAACCAGA